AUGCCACGCUUCCACGCGGCGCGCGCACCAUGGCCCUCUCCUGCUCCGCCGAGUGCGCGCUCUCCCUCGCCUGCCGACAGCCACCUCUCCCUCUCGGGCGCUGACGACAGCGCGUCGUGGCCCGUGGCCUCGCCCACAUCCUUCGAGCCCGUGCCGCACGCCUGCCGCGCCGCGCUCGCCGCCUACGACGACGAGCAGCCGGGGACGCCGUCCUCGUCGCCGCUCUGCCCGCCGUACCGCCUCCUCCACGACCGCACCCGCGGGGAGGUGGUGCUCGCCGUGCGCGGCCUCGGCCUCGCGCGGCUAGAGGACUACCGCCUCCUGCUCGAUGCCGGCGGGCCCGAGCCCUUCGCUGGAGGGCACGCUCACCGCGGCCUGCUCCGCGCCGCCGUGUGGCUGCUCAACCGCGAGGGCCCUGCGCUGCGGCGCGCGGUGGCGGAGGCCGGGUGCCGCCGGCUCGUGUUCGUGGGCCACUCGCUCGGCGCGGGCGUGGCCGCGCUGGCGGCCGUUGUGGCGGAUGAUUUCUUGACCAGAACUCCGGCUCCCUUGCAGCACAUUUUUGGAUCUAUCUUCUGUUUGCCGUGUCUGCUAUGUUUCAUUUGCAUGAGAGAUACGUUUGUCUCAGAAGGGAAGCUCACGGAUCCAGCUAAACUCUACGCUCCUGGCACAGUGUUCCAUAUCGUGGAACGGAAGAAUUGCAGAUGUGGAAGAUUUCCACCGGAGGUCAGGACGGCAGCUCCAACAGAGAGCAGGUUCGAGCAUGUUGUUCUGCCGUGCAAUGCUGCAGCCGACCAUGGGAUCAUUUGGAUCGAACAAGAGGCUCAGAAGGCUUUAUAUUUGAUGGAGCAAGAAGAGUUGACAUCGCCUCCAGCGCAACAGAAGAUGCUAAAAGCGCAGGAAGCGCACUCACUCAACGUAGAAGAGGGCACAGUUGGGCUUCAUGAUAUCGAGCAUCUGAUGUCUCUUGACGAGGAGGGGACUUGA